AUGUCAGGUGUAUCAAAUGGGAUUCACUCUCAUGAUGGUGGCAUAACUUCUCAUACUCAUGGUGGUGAAUGGACUCCUGAACAUGGACAUACUCAUGAACAUUUGGAACAUGCCGUAGGGAAGUUUUCCGAGAGGGAUAUGCCGGAUUAUUCAGGGAGAGAUUGGAAAGAAAGGGCGUUCACCAUAGGAAUAGGAGGUCCGGUAGGAUCAGGAAAGACCGCAUUGUUGUUGGCACUUUGUAAAGGUCUCCGAGAGGAUUAUAAUAUCGCCGCCGUCACAAACGAUAUAUUCACUCGUGAAGACCAAGAAUUCCUCAUCCGUAAUGAAGCUCUUCCAGCCGAACGAAUCAGAGCCAUCGAGACUGGCGGAUGUCCCCACGCGGCGAUAAGGGAAGAUAUAUCUGCCAAUUUACAUGCGUUGGAAGAAUUACAGGAGAGUUUCGGAUGUGAAUUGUUAUUUGUCGAAAGUGGGGGAGAUAAUCUUGCUGCCAACUACUCUCGUGAAUUGGCAGACUACAUUAUCUACGUUAUCGAUGUCAGUGGAGGUGAUAAGAUCCCACGUAAGGGAGGUCCAGGUAUUUCACAAUCAGACUUGUUAGUGGUGAACAAAAUCGACCUAGCACCUUACGUUGGAGCUUCUUUAGAUGUCAUGAGACGCGACGCUGCUAAAAUGCGUGAAGGCGGUCCGACAUUAUUCACGAGUGUGAGGAAUAACGAUGGUGUUAAAGAUGUGAUGGAUGCUGUCAUCGGUGCUUGGGGAGCUAGCGGAGCGAGGGGUAAAGGGAAGAAGAGAGGGUGA